GAGAAAUUAGAAAAAAUUGGUGCAUACCAGCUCAAGAGUAGUCUGAAUCGAGUUUCGCGGUCUGUAAAAGACGCGAGCCACGAAGUGAACUCAAGGAUAGAGGUUCUUCCAACGUUACGCCAACAUCCAAUUAACUCGUACGCCAGGAGCUCUGAGAUUGAUAGGCUCAGAAUCGUAGCGAAGGAGCAUACUGAAGAAGCUCGUAUUGAGAGCAACCGAAUUGGGCUGCUUGGCCAGUUCGGAAAGAAAGACGUUUGA